UUCAAAUAAUCCAAAAUACUGUAGUUAACAUGUCUCAAAGUUCUUAUUCCAAUAUGCCAAGUAGAGAGGCAUUACGUAAACGAAUUGCACGUGUUAGAAAUGAAAACAUACCAUCUCAACCACAAUCAUUGCAAGAUAUUGAC